AUGCCAUGGGCCUGGGAGUCGUUGGUAGGUAGUGGCUUCACGCUCAAGGAUGCGCCCGUGUCCGAAAUGAUCACGGUGCUAUUUGGCCGCACUCGCGUUGUGGUUGCGGUGCAGCUCCUGAUGGAAAACCACGUGCAACGGACGAACGUUGUUGAUUUUCAUCCUGAGGAUGAGCGAGAUAAAUGGUUUAUAAGAUCUACUACCUUUUUAUUGACGGCCAAAAGGUUUCAAAAGGUCUCUCAGUCAGAUAUCGUUAUAGUUGGGUCGUUCUGGCGCUCAGUUCAAUGGUUUCAUUAA